AUGUUGAAUUUAAUUGAUUAUCUAUCAUUUGAAUCGUUAAAUAAUCGUGGAGAUGAUUUCUAUAAUCAAAAACAAAAUAUUACAAUACAAGUUAUUACAUAUUAUUCUUAUACACCAGUAACACCAUUAUUUCACUUAUUCAAUCAACGUAUCAAAACGUAUGCUAAUAAACUAAAACUGAACGUUCUAUCUCAACACACUCAAUCUACAGCGAUGCCAUCAGAUACAUCGCUAAAUAAAGACAAUGAGAACAUGUCUACAAAAAACUCUUCCCAGCAACAUCCAGUAUCUGAUCGUGAACGAGUUAAUCUAGAAUCCCAUCAGCUAAUAUGGUUGGACAAAAGUAUCAACAGUAAUCAAAGUGACAGUACAGUUACAGUUGAACGUCUACGAAAUGUUGUUGAUUAUACAAAACUAUAUUAUAAUCCUGAAGAAUGUUUGCAACACAUUGAGCAGACAAAAGAUACCGCAACAUUUUUAAUUGGGUCGGAUGAAUUAGUACGGAUAUUUAUUCCAAAAAUUCAUGAUCUUGAAAAUAUUCAGGCGAUUUAUAUUUAUUGUUCACAGAACGAAUAUUGUCAACAGUGGAUAUCAAAUUAUUCAAAAGUAAGUCCAUUUCAAGGAUUUUCUUCACCAACGUUGAGUGCCUUUUUCUGA